CUGCCACCAACCUAAGAUAAUCACUGUCAGGCAAUCGGCAAUCCAACUCAACCUCCAUCAGAGUUGAUCCUUUGCUUCAAAAGAGGUCGAAUUCUGCACUACUUGCCCAUGUGCUCUUGACAAGAUUUGGGGGGACACAUCGGGACGAGACCGGUCGGGCUCUACAUUUGCAGUUUCUUAUCUCUUAAGAUCAAGUGGCUAACGCUUUCUACCGACGAAAAGGCUAGGUUGAAGUCCCGGCCUCCAUCAUCACACACUCUCUACUUGAUCAUGACGUCGAGAUCUUCCAGCGAGUCCGAGGGCGAAGUCCUCAGCUCGGACACCGAUUCCAAGGCAAAGACCAUACCAUCUUCCCGUCAUUACACCAAGGUUGACCGUAAUGCCAGAACACAUCAUUCAUCUAGAUCACAUCGAGAUCGACACCGGGACCGAUCGCGCUCCAGGUCUCCUUACCGUGCUCCGAGAGGCGAAAAGCGGCCUAGAGAAUCCGAGCAUGGCAGAGGUCGGUCAAUAAAUGAGUCACGCACUUUCCCUGUAAGAUACGAAGAUGGCGGCUACAACUCUCGACGCCGCGAUUCCUACGACGAUCGAAGCACCAAACGCUCGCGCACAUAUUCCCGAAGUCCAAGCAGAUCUCCCUACCGAACCCCCACACGCAGAGACGAACGGGACAAUCAUUCCAGAGAUUCACAUGUCGGUGAUAAAAGAAGCGAUCUCGCAGUGGAGAAUAAGUCUUCUAACAUGAGCCGACUGGGCCAUUCCCGCGAUGUAAAGCGCGCUCACAUACCUGAUAGAUCUACAUCUGCAGUUUCUGAACAGGAAGGACGAAGCGGUGAUUCGAAUAGCGCUGAUGAUUCUUCGAGGCACCCCGCAACAUCAACUGACGGAGAUUUGAAUGAUUCCGUAGAGCCUGUGGACGAAGCAACUCUGAUCGAACAACGUCGCAAACGCAGAGAGGCCAUCAAGAACAAGUACCGUGGUCAAGCUCCCCCACUAUUGGUUCGAGCACUCAAUCUUGCAGCUGAUUCCGCGCCUGUUAGCCCUGGACCGGACAGUCUCGCCUCAACCCCACGCAGAUCUGAAUCUCCUAACGUAUCCUCGCCUCGCACGCCAAGAGACAACUCUGCUCCCCAGUCUCCCGCCAAUGUCGAGUUUGAGACUGAUGCAGAUUUAACUAAUGCCGAUAGGGGAUCUCCGAACACCGAUGGUCCUUCCGCCGCCGACUAUGAUCCAACUGUUGACAUGGAGGAAGAACGAGCGCGACAUGACAAGCAAUUGUUCAGAGAGGAUGACCAAGCUCUCGAGCAAGCUGACCAACAGGCAAUCAAGGCUCAGCACCAGAACUCUGAUCCAUCUCCUAAAGCAGAUGGUGAAUACGAUAUGUUUGCCGACGAGGACGAUGAUAUGUUCUCGGACGCUCCAGUCAAACCGAAGCCCGAAGUCCAAGCCGCCCAAACUCUCAAGGCAGAUCUCAUGGACAAUUGGGAUGAUGCCCAGGGCUAUUACAUCACAAUUCUUGGUGAGCUACUCGCACAGCGUUAUCAUGUGACGCAGACUUUAGGCAGAGGAAUGUUCUCCUCAGUUGUGCGUGCGACCGAUACACAAACGAAUCAGCCUGUUGCCAUCAAAAUUGUGCGCAAUAAUGAGAGUAUGCGCAAAGCAGGUAUCAAGGAGAUCGACAUUCUCAAGGACAUUGGUGCGAAUGACCCAGAGGAUAAAAAACAUGUCAUCAAGUUACAUGGGUCAUUCGACCACAAGGGCCAUCUCUGCAUGGUAUUUGAGAACCUCUCUCUCAAUCUUCGAGAAUUACUCAAGAAAUUCGGGCGAGAUGUGGGCAUUAACCUAAAAGCGAUUCGUGCCUACUCACAACAGUUAUUUCUUGGCUUAAGCCUACUGAAGAAAUGCCAGUACAUCCACGCAGAUCUCAAACCAGACAACAUUCUAGUCAACGAAGCCCGAAGCACUCUCAAGAUUUGCGAUCUCGGAUCCGCCUCACCAAUCCGAGAAAACGCCACAGCACCAUACCUCGUUUCACGCUUCUAUCGCGCCCCCGAGAUCAUCCUCGGCAUCCCUUACGACUAUGGAAUCGACGUGUGGUCCGUCGGAUGCACUUUAUUUGAACUCUACACCGGCAAGAUCCUAUUCACCGGCCACAACAACAAUGGUAUGUUACGCGCCAUCAUGGAAUGUCGAGGCAAGUUCUCGCACAAACUGCUUCGAAAAGGUGCCAUGACAUAUGAUCAUUUUGACGACAUGCUCAAUUUCCGAGCCGACGAGUUCGACAAGGUGACAGGUCGUACGGUGACGAAGAUUAUCGACAUCAAGGCUAAGCCGGUUAAGGACCUCAAGUCUCGAUUGAUGCCCAAGGAUAAAAAGAUGGGUGAACAGGAGAGGAAAGAGUUGGAGCUGUUUGUCGACUUGCUUGAUAAAUGUCUGGAUUUGAGACCGGAUAAGCGCAUUACACCAAAUGACGCUUUGAAACAUCCCUUUAUCUUGAGGACGAAGGUCUAGAUAAAGCAAGGUAAUAGAUUGGUAGAUUGGAGCGGUUUGUUAUCAUCAUCGUAGAUGGGUAGAUGAUGUCUGAAGCCAUGGAAAGAAAGAUUCUACAGAACUAAAUACAUGGUACAUUAUGAAAUAAUACAUUUCCUGGUCUCAAGACCCGACUUCUUGG